GAUGCAUGUUCUUCCCCUUGUGCCAUGUAGAGGCAACCAAAAAUGUUGGUUAUGGGUCAGGUUGAGUGGAGUCCUAUGGUGGAAGGGUCCACUCUUUUAUUGAUCAUUGAAAACCUUUAAAAGCAACCAACAAACAGCCUUUUCAGUUUUCAGUUUUCAGUUUUCACUUUCCUGCCGCUGGGAACCCAUAAGAGAAACUUCAUUAUCCUCUUUUUGUCUCACCAAUAUCUGCUCUUUUUCGUCAUUCUCGUUCGAAGUUUCAUUCUCUUCCAUGCUAUCCCUUCUCAAUUUCUUUAAGUGGUUCCAAUGCAUUUCCCGGGGUUUCUUGUAUCUUAUCACAGUAAUAAGAGAUCAAAGGCAUGGAGGAAAGGUUUCUGAAGAAACCACCCAUGCUACCAACACAUCGAAACAGGGCUGUGUCUUUCAGCUUAACCCCCAAGGCACCUUCUCCAAUCAAAUUUCCCAUAACCUGCCAGUAGUUGGUUUUAAAGAUCCAAAGGAUGAAGAAACCAAGUUGGAAUUCGAUGUAGGGGACCAAGAUAACAUUACACCCUGCACUGAGUUGAAGGGCAUAGUGGCUGGAGAAGAUGAUUCUCAGCUUCAAGUAUCUUCAGAGACCAUUAUCAAUGAUGAUCAUAGCAUUCCAGAAGUGAAGGAGGACACUGAAGAAGGUCCACGUUUAACAGAUUUUGAAGAGAAAUGUCCUCCAGGUGGAGAAGAUUCAGUGGUAUUCUACACAACAAGCUUGAGAGGAAUAAGAAAAACAUUUGAAGAUUGCAGCAGUAUGAGGUUUGUUUUAGACAGUUUGAAGAUAUUGGUCCAGGAGAGAGAUGUUUCAAUGGACAUGGAAUUCAGGGAAGAACUAUGGAGGAUAUUGGGUGGCAGAGUGGUUCCUCCCAAGCUGUUCAUCAAGGGCAGAUACAUAGGAGGAGCUGACGAAGUUUUUCGACUUCAUGAGCAAGGAAAGCUGAAGAAGCUGUUGGAAGGGAUACCUUCAAACUGCCUGUGCACAGAUUGUGCCAAUAUGAGGUUCCUGGUUUGCUCAAACUGCAGUGGCAGCCGCAAGGUUUUUACAGAAAAACAAGGUGAUGAAUUGUGCAUGAAAUGCCCUGAUUGUAAUGAGAAUGGAUUGGUUAAAUGUCCAGUUUGCUGUUGAAAUGUUAACUUACAAACAAAGAAUCAUCCUAUCCUGUUUCUUGAUGUUUGUAUAUUUUCCUUGCCUUAUCUAACAUUUUCUUAGAAUCAAAUUGCUACUUUUUCAAGUCCAGGUCUUGGUUAGCCUUCAUGUAUUAGGAAAAUGAAGUAUGUAUAAGUUUCCUUCAUAGUGUAUAAAAAUGGGCUAAAUUAAUGCUUAGUUAUGGUCUGAUUUGGGUUCAGAUGUAAAUUGUUUAGUUUUCUACUUACUUGAUCAGCUACUAUAUAUAACCAAUGCUUGGAAACAA